UUCCAUCCAGCUCGGGCAGAUUUACGUUUUCUGAAAAGGAUAUUGAAGAUAAUGAAUUAAUUGAAGGUCUUGUGGAACCACUCACACCGUUGAGCAUCUCUUCGGAGACAUGUGUUCCUCGUAAAAUUCCUAAAACACACGACUCAUCUAUCGAGUCAAUGGAUACGAUAAGUGUGACCUCAUCUCUUGAGUCGCUUUCUGAAAUUCCACAAAUCUCAUCCAUAUCUUCUAGUAAAAAAGUUGGCCCACCAAAACGAAAAGGUGUUGGAGGGAGGCAGAAAAAAGAUAUUCAUUCGCAUAUUGAGACGGUCGAACCUACAGUUACUGGACCGAGAAAUAUUGAUUUUUCUACGUUGAACACUCUGGAAUUUGCUACGGCAAAAACUUAUGAGCCUAGCAUUUGCAGUCGAACAGUAAUGCCACUUUAUGAGAGGGAUUCUGAAAAAUUAGGCCCUCGAUUCAUUGAAACAAUGUGGAAUAACCUUUCAACAUGGCUUAAUGAUGCAUUCAUUUUUCCAUAUUUAUGCUAUCUGGCCAAAAUUUCAGGCCGAAAGACUAUUGUGGUUGAUCCACUUAUAACGGAUCCUACUGUUCAGCAAGUUCCAGAUUUAACGUACAUUAAUUAUACAUAUAUUACAGAACAAGAACGUGAAGUCGAAGUUCUGAUUCUUCCUGUGCAUUUACCAGGUCAUUGGACUUUAUUAAUAUGGGAUUCUGAGUUUGGAGUUUAUUUCUUCGACUCUAUCCCGAAUAUUCCACACAGACUUCAUGAGGAUCACGUAAAUUACCAUCCGCAAAGGCUGCCAAAACUAAAGGAGAUUAUCUCUGAACUGACAAAUACUCCUGUUGAUUUAUUACAUAUUGGGACUUAUGCCACAGAUUUGUACCCGCGCCAGCAAGAUGGUAAUAGUUGCGGAUAUUUCAUCUGUCUUUAUGCUGAAGCGUGGUUAAUGAAUAACCGUAAUAUGGCUUUGCCCCAUCUAAACAUUAAUACCGAAAAGAAACGCAUCUUGUGGCAUUUGAACCAAUUGUAUUCUGGUGAUAAUGUUGAGUAUCACCCAAGGUCAGUUCAAGAAAUAUGCAGACCAAAAAAAAUCAAGGAUAAAGCUCCCUCGAGACAAUCUACUCCGAGAGCAUCCAAAAAUACAGUUGCUGAUCCGAAAGGAGAUCAAGUUCUUCCCCUGACUCAACGAUGUUACUUGAAGCAUCAGGGCAUCAGAUGUGGGUCUAUCGAAUCAGGUCAUCUUCCUGAGUAUUAUAACUCGGGUUCGUUAGGGGAUAGAACUUGCGUGCACUGUAAUAACAAGUUAUUAAAAUCAGAAAAAUGUUUAGCUUGCGCAGAUGGUCGAGUGCGACUUGAUCCACUUAAAGAAUAUCCAAAUGAUUAUGAAAGACUUUUGACCGUCUAUUUGCUUUUGGUUCACUUUCUGUAG